CCGUUGUAUGUCAUUCUGAUUAGGAGGUUGUAAAUUGCACGUUUUAGCAAUUUUAGUGAUUUAUAUUCUUUUUUUUUUAAAUAUAAUUGUGAAAACAUUGUUACUACAGAAUCUGAUCAGACAAAAUGUCGUGGAUAUUUGGUAGAUCUAAGCCUCAAGAUACUGGAAUGCCAAUGGAAGGCGGUGAGCCUGGAUCUGGGCCAACUGCAGGGACUAUUUCAAAUGAUCAAGGUCUUACGAAAGCUGAGAAAAAAGCAAUGGAAGCAUAUAGAUUUGACUCCUCGGCUUUGGAAAGAGCUGCCGAAGCUGCAAAGACUUUAGAAAAAUCAAGACAUGCAAAGGAAGCAUUGGAUUUAUCUAAGAUGCAAGAAUCAACACGUCAAUCAGAAUAUAUGGCAAAAGUAAAAGAAUAUGAAGCGCAUAUAGAGCAGGCUAAGGUUGAGCAAAGACGUAUAGAUCAUGAAGAACGAAGAAAAACAUUAAUAGAAGAAACAAAGCAACAACAACAACGAGCACAAUACCAAGAUCAAUUAGCGAGAAGACGUUAUGAUGACCAAUUGGCUCAACAACAAAAAGCUCAAGAAGAAAACCUUAAAAAACAAGAGGAAAGCGUCGCUAGGCAAGAGGCAAUGAGAAGGCAAACAAUAGAACAUGAAAUAGAAAUGAAAGAAAAGAAUCGUUUAAAAAUUUUGGAGCACGAGUUAAGAGCAAAAGCAAAAAUCGAUAGAGAAAAUCGUGAUCUUACACUUGAACAAAUUCGAUUAAGAGCUCAAGAAAACAGAACCACAGUACUGGAAGGAAUAAAAACGGCUGGAUCAGUUUUAGGUGCCGGAGCAGAAGCAAUGCUAACUGAUUGGGAUAAAGUUCUAAAGGCUGUCGGAGGGCUUUCACUUCUUGCCUUGGGUAUUUAUUCGGCUAAAGGAGCAACUGGGGUUACAGCGCGUUAUGUUGAGGCUAGAAUAGGAAAACCUACUCUAGUGGGAGAAACCUCACGUUUUGCUCUUUUAGACGCUAUUAAACAUCCAUUUCAAUAUUUGAAAAAAUUGCGUUCAAAACCAUCCGAUGCUCUACAGGGAGUUAUUCUUAAUCCAAAACUAGAAGAACGUUUACGAGAUAUUGCCAUAGCUACCAAAAAUACAAGAAUAAACCGUGGACUAUAUCGAAACAUACUAAUGUAUGGUCCACCCGGUACUGGUAAAACUAUGUUUUCAAAAAGAUUAGCCAAUCACUCAGGAAUGGAUUAUGCUAUAAUGUCGGGUGGUGAUGUUGCUCCAAUGGGUAAAGAUGCUGUAACAGCAAUACAUAAAGUAUUUGAUUGGGCUAAAACAUCACGUAGAGGUUUAAUUUUAUUUGUUGAUGAGGCAGACGCAUUUUUAAGAAAGCGUUCUUCAGAACGUAUUUCAGAAGAAUUAAGAUCAGCUCUGAAUGCAUUUUUAUAUCGUACCAGUGAACAAAAUCCAAAGUUUAUGUUAGUUUUAGCAAGUAAUACUCCAGAACAAUUUGAUUAUGCAUUGAAUGAUCGACUGGAUGAAAUGGUUGAAUUUACUUUACCUGGAUUAGAAGAACGCGAAAGAUUGGUUAGAUUAUAUUUCGAUAAAUUUGUUUUACAACCUGCAACCGAGGGAGCAAAGAGAUUUAAAUUAGAGCAGUUUGAUUACGGUGCGACAUGUAGUAAAAUUGCCAAAAUUUGUGAAGGCAUGUCCGGUAGAGAAAUUUCCAAGUUAGGAGUAAGCUGGCAAGCUUCCGUUUAUGCUUCUGAAGAUGGUAUUUUAAGAGAAAAAAUGGUUAUUGAUAGAGCAUAUGAGGCAGCUCAUCAACAUAAACAGAAGAUGGCUUGGUUAUCGGAAGAAGAAAGAUUAGAUCAUAAGUCCAUAACAGGUGGAAUAGCAAAACCGUCAACGUGAAAUUUGUGUGGCAAAUAACGUAAAAAAUUAACUGCCGUACCCAUUCCUAAUAAAUAAAUAUGUCAUUGAAUUAAGAAUAGAGAUCACUUAAAAGAAACUUUUUAUAAUAUUGUUUUUAUACACAAACCAAAAUUGAUAGAUAGAAAAUAUAUUAAGUCAUUAGUUUAGUUAUAUAAUGAAUAAAAUAUAUUUACACGUAAUAAAUACAAACUUUAAGAAACGGAUAUAUUUACGAAUAUAAAUUUGUAAAUAAGCUGAUUCAAUUUUAGAAUUUUCUAUUUGAUCGAAACCAAUAAGAUAAUUUGCUUAAUGGUUACGCUUAUUUUCAAUAUUUCUCACUUUUGUAUUAUUUGAGAAAUAUGAUAGAAAAGUUAACUAUAUAUUUUUAGAAAAUGCCCACAGUUUUUUUACUGUUGCUGAAAUUUCUCUAGCAUAUUAAAGCAAUGAAUUAAAAUUAUUUCAAAAGUAAUUUAAAAUAAACGAAAUUUAAAUAAUUGUUUUUUAAUGAAGAGCUCAUUAAAAUAUUUCGAGCUAACUGAAAAACUAAUGCCUUAUAUAAUGUAAAAUCAUAAAAAAAAAUUUAUGUGGGCACUUUAUAAAAAUAUUUAUCUGUUAAGAAAGGAAUACAGGCUUACUGUUUCGAUUUACGUAUUUUCUUGCAUGUUAAUUGAUAUCAAAAGACUGAAUUUUUCUAUUUCAUACAGAUAAUAUUGGGUUCAAGCAAAUUUUAUUCUAAAAUUAAUUAUAUGCUAAUUUUAAAAUUAAUAUAUGGAAUAAUUCUAAAGUGAUUAUUUUCUCAAAGAAAUUUAUAUUAAACUUCUAAAAAUAUCGCUUAAAAAUAAAAAUAAAGUAAACUAUCAUAUACAAUGUUAUAAAAAUAUUUGGUUAUUAUUGAAAUUUUUUUUUCCGGUAAAUUAAAAUUAACAA